AUGGUUCGCCGUCGGAGGGGCUCCUCUGGGACCUCAGAUGAGUGCCUCGACAAGCACGGCAGCGGCUUCAGGUCGCCCGCGCAUACCCGGAGAUCUUCCCCUGAGUACACCCCGACGGUACACCCCGUGAAGCGGGCCCUAAAGGCCCUCAAGCAGCAGUCAACUGAUGAUUCCAGUUCAGAUUCUUCGUCUAUUUCUUCUUCUGCCUCUCGGCGGCGAGGCAGAGCAAAGAAGAAGUCAAGAAAAAAUAGGCACGGAAGGAGCAGGUCCCGCUCGCCCUCGUCCGACGAAUUGACCGCCCGACGCCACAUCACAAAAAAGAAAAAAACAGAGAAGAAAUCGAAAAGCUCGAAGAAUAAACAUAAGCGCCACCACCCAUCCUCUUCUAAAGGGGCUGCAUUUGCCGCUCCAGCAACAGCAGUGCAGGGUAGGGUGGUAGGAGGCGCCACCAACCCCGGAGGCGCUUCAACAGCAGAGACCGAUGAACCGAUUGUCAUCUUCGACAGGGUAUCUCGGGUGUUUACGGCUGACGCUCGCAGCGCCAGGGAGGACGUAGGGCCUCCCUUGGGGGCCCCCACCAACAACCAACCGCAAUCCCGGGAGCUCGCUAACUAUCGGAAGGCAUUCGGACUCUCGUGUGGAAAUUACGCAUUCGUUUCAGAUACCGCGGCACUACCGGCUGCUGCUUCCAACGCUGCAUUGGCAGCAGCAGCGGUGGCCAGUGCUGCAGGGGCCCCCGGGGGGCCUCUUCUUACCAGCUCCCUAGACAGCACAAGGGAAAAGGGAGGCGAUAGAGAGGGAAACCGCGUUACCCCCAAAACUCACCCACACCUAUACUGGAGCUGCUGGAAAUGCAGCGCCCUUAAUUUUAAGACGCGACAUCAGUGCCACAAGUGUAACCGCUUAUUUCAGCGGUAG